CCUCCUCUUCUCCCGGCCCUCUGUGGAGCACGACCGCGUCCCUGUCCCUCCCCGCCAUGCUCUCGCCGACCCGAAUAGCCGCCGGCCCGCGGCUCCUGGCCCGAGCAGUCUCCUCCGCCAGUUGCCCCGUCGCCACGACGAUCAAAGCUCCUACUGCGCCCGCCUCUCGCGCGGCGAGGACGGCAGCCCUCCACACGCAGCGCGGCGGGCGCGGCGGGCGGGUGCUCUCACAGUCGACAACUACAUCGGCGGAGCGCUACUGGCCCAAGUACGAGAUCCCCGAGGGCGCUUCGCGGCUCGUCUACGACCUCAAGAGCUCCUCCUCCUCCCCUUCACCGUCCGGCGGGGACCAGCAGCAGCUGCCCCCCAUCACCGUCGCCUGGACGCGCGACUUCCUCUUCGUGCAGGACAGCCCCGAGCGCGGCCGCCGCGCCCUCAAGCCCGCGACGCUGCGCGACAGCUGCGCCUGCCCCCGGUGCCGCGACCCGACGUCGGGCCAAAAGUCGUUUGCCUCGACGGAGAUUCCCGUCGACAUUGGCAUCGCCGACGUGCGCGCGCUCGACGAGGGCCUGGCCAUCACCUUUGACAACGACAUGGCGCGGGACGGCGAACACCACCACGAGACGGUCCUCCCCUGGACGUCGGUCGAGAUGGCCCUCAAGCGCCGCACCGUCAAGGACAUGCCGCUGCCGCGCAAGCGCUCCGUGCUGCGCCGCACGGGGGUGCAGUACUGGGACGCGGCGACGCUGGGGCGACACGUGCGGUCCAUCGACUACGCCGCGUACAUGGAGGAUGGCGGCGAGGCGUUUUGGGACGCCGUCAUCGACAUCUGCCGGCUGGGCAUCGUGUACCUGCACAACGUGCCGCGCGACGAGGAGUCGGUGGUGCGCAUCACGACGCGCAUGGCCAACAUCCGCGAGACGUUUUACGGGCGCACCUUUGACGUGCGGGCCAAGCCCGACGCCGAAAACGUCGCCUACACGAGCGGCUACCUGGGCCUGCACCAGGACCUCAUGUACCUCGACCCCCCGCCCAUGAUCCAGGUCCUGCACUGCAUGGACAACUCGUGCGCCGGCGGCGAGAGCCUCUUCAGCGACGGGGAGCGCGUCGGCCGCCUGCUCUGGCCGUUCGUCAACGCGAGCGCCCGCCUCGCGCCCCUCGCCGACCACCACAUCCCCUACCAGUACGACAAGAACGGCCACCACUACUUCGCCUCGCGCUACGUCAUCGACCACACCGAGGGCGGCGGCUUCGCCGGCGUGCACUGGAGCCCGCCGUUUCAGGGCCGCUACCUGAGCGCCGCCAAGGACCUGCGUCCGUGGAUCGAGCCCGCGCGCGUCUUCGAGGGGCUCGUCAACGACCCCGCCGCCGUGUACAGCCGCAAGAUGGAGCCCGGCGAGUGCGUCCUGUUUGACAACCUGCGCACCAUGCACGGGCGCACCGCCUUUGACGUUGCCGGCGCCACGGCUGAUGCUGCUGCUGCUGGCGGUGGUAAUGGUAGUAACGGUAGUGGUGGUGCGCGCUGGCUGCGCGGCGCCUACAUUGCCGCCGAGGACUUCCUCAGCAGGGCGUCGCACAUCCCCGCCGGGCAGGCCGAGGCGUAUCGCGGCCCCGAGGAGUGGACGCCCGAGAACGCCCAGCGGGAGCUGCGCGAGACGGCGUGGCACCAGGACGUGCUGGACAGGGUGAGGAAGCUAGACCCCGGCCUUACGGAAUAG